AUAUCAUAUUGCUGAAUGAAGAAGAAUCAAAACGAAAAAGAGAGGACAGCGGCAGGGAAUUCGGCGUACAAUUCUUCGGACGAUAUCUAUUUGGACGACCAGGAAUUUUUAGAGGGUUCUGGUCGAGGAGGCAGUGAAGGUCGCGACACUGAAGCAUCCGGAAGUGGCCUUGGUCCGGACGAUGAGGACGGCGACGACGAUCACGAUUUUAGUAAUAAUAACAGGAUAGAACCACCGCCUCCAAGGCCGGCAGAACCAAAAACACCAUAUUCCGUUGACGAACCAAGUGAUAAAAAUAAGGAACAGACGAUCGUCGAGCCCGUAAACCGACCCGACAACGAGGUCGAUGUAAUCGAGCCCUUAAAUGUCGAGGACGACCACUCGGACAACACCGACGACAUCCACGAAGUGUACAUCAUGAACCCGAAACACGAAGACCGUGCCAGCUCUUUCUUUGCUCAGCCAGGUGUAUUGGCAGCGGUGAUCGGUGGCGCAGUAGUUGGUCUACUUUGCGCAAUCCUCGUGGUGAUGUUCAUCGUAUAUAGGAUGCGCAAGAAGGACGAGGGAUCAUACGCCCUUGAUGAGCCAAGAAGAUCACCGGCGGCGCAGGCGUUCCUUAAGCCCGGCGCGCCGCAUCACAAUCGGGAAUUCUAUGCUUGAGGCGACAAAGCUUAUCUGGCUUUGGCACCGCCCAGUUUUGUCCCACGAUACCAUGCCGAGAAAGACGAUGUCCUUCGACCGAAUUAAGCGCCACCGCCGACGAUACGAUACAUUCGGAAUCUCCCACGAGUGUCUUGCGAAACACCUCGUUCACUGACCAUAAAGAGAGAGACUUCCUUCACGUCGGGGAAAAAGCGUCACCUUUAUAUCUUUCUAACCUUUUGUUCAGGGGCUUUCCCAAUACUUCCGUUUCUAUUCAUCUAAACGCGCCUCAAUUUCUUUAUAACGAUCUACUCAUUUCGAUAUAAUAUUCUAUAGUUUAUAAUAGGCGCCUGUUUUUAAUUUAACAGGUUACUUUCUGAGGUGGAACCUCCCUUAACACCCCACAUCACUCUAUUUUCCUACUCGCGUGCCAUCUCGCUGCGAGUAGUUCCCUGUGUUAAGCAUUGGUCCACCUCCGGGAGUAAAACGUCGAUUUUCCUCUCGGUUCUAACUUAUUUUAUACUUUCGUACGAACUCGGUGUUUAAUUGUUGAAUGUUUUUGUCUUUCUUCCGUAACUGUCGUGCGCUGAUCGAGCAGGAAAGAAAAAGGGCGACGACUGAUGAAGCGCUCCCCGUCGCGAAUACUCGUCGGCAAGGUCGCGCCAAUUCCAGAUGCAUUUAAACAGCAUGUAUUUCAAAACGUAUACGUAUCCAGGCGUACAUACACGCCACGCCACACUGUACAGAACUGAGAACGCGAAAAUUCGUGGGCGAUAAACGCUGCUGGUAUGUCGUUAAUCAUUCUGGUCCGGUGGAAGGAGGGAAAGGAAGAAGGAUCGUUGCGCCACCGUGAUUUCUCUUCAACGCCAAUCCCAUGAACCACGACCUCGUUUAUCAACGUUUCCUCCGUUGUUUUCUUCCCUUCCCCCUUUUUUUUUCUCUCUUCCUCUGUUUUUCGUUUACUUUCUUUUUGUUUUCUGUUUGCGAUAUAUCGUUUCCAAAUUAUUUACCAGAUUUGCAAAAUCUUUUUAACAGUAUGACACAGAGACUCUGAUCCAUUGACGCUUUUCCCUUUUCUCGAGUCCAAUUUUGUGGAAUCUCAACGCCUAUUACGAUUGCUAGAAGAGAAAGAGACAUGAGAUUUCUUUUUUCUUUUUUUUUGUAGGAAAUCUGUAACUUAUUUUGACCUAGGUUGAGCAGUAGAAUUGUACUAAUAAGGGAAAUUAAAAAUUAGGGAAUAGCAUCAGCUUAGGCGGUGGGACAAAUGAUAGGUGAAGAUACUAAAAAUAACUUAAGGUUCUUAAUUUUUUUAAAAUCAUUAAUAUACCUAGAUACGAUAUAGGAUAAUUAAAUGGAUAAUCUAGUAAGUUAAAUGGAUUGUUUAUAACGAAUGAUUAUAAUAUGUUCACAUUUUGAUAAGGACAGACGAUGUUACUCAUUAAUUAAAAGGAAAUUUAGAAGAAAUUGACAAAUUGAUGAAUUUAAAGUAUAUUCGAGUAUUUAUAUCUGAAAUCAUGCUAAUCAUAAAAUUUAUUUCCUAAUCUCAUAUAUCGGUAUUUAAUUACGUGAAAUCGUUUAAUAAUUUACUAUUUAAUAUUGAAUCCCGUUUUUUUUUUUUUUAAUAUACAUAUAUAUUUUUUUUCUUUUAAUAUAAUGAACAAAUGUCAGAUGGCACAAAUGCAGUUGCGAUGUUCCUCUAAGAUACUUUUUUAUAUGUACGGAAAUUAUUUAUUUCUAAGUUAAUGAGAUAAAAUGUAUAUCUCUAUCAGUAAUUAGGCUUAGAAUUCCGUAUAAUAAUUCUAAUUUUAAUCUCCAGAUUUUUAUUGUAUCGUGCUUGUUUAUUAGAGUAUUUAAAUUAUUGAUUCACUUACGAAAACUCGCGAAAACCAGUGAUAUGAAUCCCAGCUAAAAAUCAGGAAACCUGUUUUAUUAAUAAACGCGUGUUUCAUUACGCUCGCGAUAGGGGUUGAAGCUAAGCCUCCAAGCGGAAAUGUCCUCAUCGAACACGGUUGUAUCGAUUGCCACGCACCUAGUGGAUAAAAAACUCAGCGUGCCAUUUUAAGCACCUCAAGUGACGACGAUCAGUCGAUCUUCCGUAAAAAACAAAACGAACGACAUUAUAAGAAAAAAAAAAAGAAGAUUCAUUUAUCGAUUGCAUUUUAUCAAAAAACAGCAAAAUGUAUCCUCGCGAUCAUUCCCUUCUUCCACCCUAAAAACAACUAAGAAACAUUUUGUAUCUUAAGAAGAAAAAAAGCUUCUUCUGCUGGUCGAGAAAGAUUCUAUUUGCCAUGAGAACAAAAAAAGAAAAAGGUGUUUAAAUUUCUCGUGUGUAUGCAAGAACGUUACUUCUUCCAAUCUUGAAAGGAAUAUAACGUGCGUACACGCACAGAUUUAUAUACGUACAUACGAUUUUCAUCUCCGACUGCAAAGAGACAUGCGUAUGCCAUAUGAAAAAAACAAAAAUGAUUUAAAAAUGAAAGGUAUUCACACGUACAAGUGUAUAUCUAUUUGUUCCAAGAUUUUCAUCCGCGGUAUUUAUCCUAUGGUCGAUCAGUAUCGCGAAGUACGUUGUAAUAAUUUAUUAACUUUUCCACGUAGGACCAAGUGAUUCUCCUUGCUUUCUCUAUUCCCACUUUCUAAUUCUCCUCCCAUAUCCUUCUUUUUUUUUUUCUUUUUAAAAUUCUCCGUUACACUUUCAGUGAUCCUGUGGAUCGUUAACUCGCCUCUCCUCAAUUAUUUGAGCUGUUUUCGGCGUCACGUUCGCCUCUUUCCAGGUAGAACGCAAUCAGUGUUUUAAUCGUCGAUAAUUAAUUUUAAAAAAAAGACGAUUUUAUGUAUGAUUUUGUUAAAUGAAAUUAUGAAUUAAAAAGGAUGACAUUUGAUUGUGCUGAUGAAUGAAAGAAGGGAGUUGUUAAAGCAAAGAAAAAAAAAGAAUUAUUAAGAAACAACUAAUAAAUUAAUCAUUGUAACGUUAUUAUUAUUAGGAUUAUUAUUAUUAUUAUUAUUAUUAUUAAUAAUAAUAUUAUUAAUGGAACAUAGCGUUAGUAGAUUGAAUUUUUAGUCACACCAUCUAGAAUACGUUGUUCCAUCAUGUUCCCUCCAAUUUCGAAUGAUAACAAUUCGUAGAAAUCUAGCGAUAUCUUUUACUAUCCUGUUAGAUCGCGACAUUAAUUGACGUUAACUUUUCAAUGAAUAAAUGUGAAUGAUUUCCAUACUUGAUAAAUAAUCUUAUAUAUACGAUGUUAUAUCUUUUAUAAUAUCUUAUAUAUAACGUUAUGUCACUAUUAUAUCCUGUGCAAUAAUAAUAUGAAUUUUAUGUACAUGAACCGUUGCAUUUAUUAUCGCCCGUAUCGACCAAUAUAUAAAAUAAAGCAACAUCACUUAAAACAUAUAAGCAGAAUCUGACACAGAAAUAAUUAAAAUAUUAAACACAUUUAUUUGUAGUUGAAAAAGAAGAAAAGAAAAAGAACAGUGGACACACAAAUUUCUAUUUUCUCAUGUAAAUAAAUAAGAAUUAUUAGAAUCCUAUUUUUCAACGCGCGAAAGUUUUAUUUAAACAAUAAGAUUACCAUAAAUCUGUGUUCUACCUGCGUAGGAGGAACACGGGCGCCAUUUUUAUAAAGUCCGAUGUAUCGGGGUAAACUAAAAUAUAUCAUGUCGAUACUGCCAUGUAUUAAUUACAUAAGGAACACCAAUUGCCUACGAGAGCUGUCGUAAUAUUUUUUCCACGUAGUCGCGGUUUCUUCCUGGAUCUUCUUUUUCUGAAAUUCACGUAAUCUAUCUAUCUAUUUUCUUUUCCAUUUCGCUUUAAAACGAUAAUUGAACGUUAAGGGCAAAGCGUUUUUUUAACCAACGCAAUGCAUCAUAAUCGAUGUCGUACGAAACGACUUUUAUUCCAUUAGCUUGUAACAGACGGAAGAAAAAGAAUGAAUAAACAUCAUGUUGUGUUUAUCAUACAUUAUGGAAAUUAUUUUUUACGACAUCGAUUUAAGUGUUUUCAGGUAUCGUGUGUUUUUCAUCGAGACAGAUAAAUUCCAUCGAUCAGCGCAUUUUGAUAAUGGCACACUCGUUGCUUCUAAAUCGAUCUUAUCGAUUUAUAAAAUCACUGGAAGCUAUUUUAUAGGUUUAUUUAUAAAAGUGUCUAAACGUCUCUACACGUAACAGAUAGUAAUAAAAAGAAUAAGUGUAUUGAUAGGGUCGACUUGGAAGAAGAAUCAUAUAAAUAAGCGGUUAUUCGAUAUACAAAUUAUGUGAGAAGUAAAGAUCGCAAAUAAUUAUCGAUAUCUAAGUAAAAAUGAUCAAAACUGUCUGAAAAGUUACGGUACGAUAAAGUACCGAAUAAGUGAUUGUGUUUAGGAUAAGUUACUUGCAAUAAAUAGAAUGGAAAUUAAUUCUCUCUUCUAUUUCUCCCAAAAUUAGUAGACCGCAGUACCUAAGAAUUAAUUGUGCGAAAUAUAUACACAUUCAUACGAAUUUUCUGCUUUGCCUCUAACUCAUAAAUCGUUGAAAAGGAAAUUUAUUUUUUUUAUAUUACUACAGAUUGCUAAUUCAUUUAUCAAACUUAGUCAAAAUUACUGUUAAAUACGUCAUUCGUCACGUGUUUUCUUCGCGUCAAAUCAGUUCUGAAAAUCCUUAAGUACAUACAUACAUAUAUACAUUUCUUCACUUUUCGAAAAUAUCUUAAUUCCUCGAAUCUCCUUCCUCUCUUGCUAUUCGAUUUCCCCUUUUUGAAUAUUUCUUUUCCUUUCUUACUACUGGUAAAAAGAAACAUGGAGACGGAAUAAUAAUCUUUAUUGUAUUGUAAUAAUAAUUGUACGCAACGUAAAGAGAAUUGUUUGUUACGUAAUAAUUUAAUUUUCCGUGCGAUGAUACGGAGCAACACAACUUUUUUUUUUUUCUUAAUAGGCAAAAAUUUAAAAAAUUUCUUCCUUUCACGAAUAAAUAUUUUCAAAUUAAAUAUAAUUAAUUAAAAAAAAUUAAAAUUUUUUUUAUUGAUAUAAUUUAUUGAUAUACAUAUAUGAAAAAUAAUUUAUUAAAAAAUAUAUAUAUAUAUAUUUGUUCGUGAAUCACGAAGAAAUUUCUUACAGCAUUUCUUGCAUUUAGGCGCGAUCAAAAACAAAUUAUGUUGGACGCGAGAAUCCUAGACAACAAAAGAUAAGAAAGUAAAAAGAGCAUGUUGGAUUUCCAUAUGGCUCAUUUAAUACUCAAAAUGCGCUGUCUACGUUCUGUGCGACAAGAAAUAAUACUAAUUGUAAUGAAAUCUUAUUUUAUAAGAGGAUAUAUUCCAUAAAGAAUGCUAUAGUAACGAGAAGUCUGUCUAACACUAGACGAAAACCCAUAGGCCAGGUGGACAAAUGAAUAAUAAUUUUAAAAAUGAACAUAAAUAAUAUUUAAUAAUAAUGAUAAUUAACAAUAUUAUUUUUUAAGAAUAAGUAUUGUCUACCCUCCUACCCUUUUGGAUCGCUCUCAGAGCUCCAUAAAGUAUAUAUUACAUAUAUAUGUAUAUAUAUUCGUGAUCAAUGAACACAUAUAUAAGUAUAUACAUGUAUAUGUAUUUGUAUAAAUAAUAAUAAUAAUAAUAAUAAUAAUAAUAAAAAUAAUAAUAAUAAUCGCCCGCUAGUGAACAAGCGAAUUAUAAUUCUUUCUUUUACACUUUUACAUUUUACAUUUUUAAUCUAUAACGAUUUUAUCGAUUCGUGCUUGAAGUUCCUAGGAUCUAUAGUAUAUCCAACAAAUCGGUGCAAAUAAAACAAAUAUUUGCGCUUAAAAUAUAUGAUAAAAGCAACGGCUCAGCAAAUACUAUUUAGUUAUUUAUUUUCAAAAUGAAAAAGUUAAUUAUUUAAAAUUUAAUUUGUAUUUUUAUGUAUUACGUCAUUUAUUCAUAGUUGCGUUACUUAUAUUUAUAUAAGUAGAACUACAAUAUUCCAGAAAUAUAAGAAAUAUAAAUAUUGUUCUUCUGAAAUAUUUCUAUUUCAUGAAUUAUAUAUUUCUAUCAAUUUUAUUUUAUUUAAUACACAUUUUUUUUUUACAAAUGUUCACACUCGUUGGAUAUAUUAUAUAUACACGAAUCGAUCAAAGUUCAAGAACGUGAUAACGCAAUUUGCAUUGCAUUUCAAAACGUGUUAUUUGCAUUGCGGGCGUUUAUACGUCAAUGAAAUAUGUUAUUAUUAACAGAAAUUAACAAUAAUUGCACUAUGUUAGUAUAACGAAUAGUACUGUAUGUCGUCGCUCCUAUUCUGUAAAUAAACACUGUGCCGUAUAAGAAAAAUUAA